CCUUUGGUCAGCUGAUUCGUGACCCGGGGUUCAUGGUAGGUAGGUAGAACACUAACGAUCUAAGGCAUGUCGGAUGGUAACGGGUGCGUUAAGGAAUCGCCCCAAGCCUUGCGUGUGGUGUGUGUGGGUGACGUGUGCGGGCGAUGGAAGGCUUUAUUGAAGCGGCUUAAUGCCAUCACUCAAUCUGGAACGCAUUUUGACCUUUGCCUGUGUGUCGGCAGCUUCUUCUCCAGACGGACCAACCCGACAAUAACCGCCGGGGAAGACGGUGGUGAAGGCCGCCCCCAAAGCCGAACGAAAAACGGCACCCACGUCAAUCCCGGUGAUGAGCCAGAUGAAUGCAACGUGGACGAAUACGCCCAAAGCCGGCCAAAGAAACGCGUCAAGGUGACCGCGGACCCCAGCGACCAGCACCCCCAUGGCAUUACAGACGAGAAUGGUGGCCCAAACCCCGAUGAAAAGUGUUGGCGCGACAUCGUGGCGGGGCGGCUCAAAGUACCCAUGCCCAUUUACGUCUUGGGCCCCAAUCAUUCAACUGAAAUGCCUCAUUAUGAAUUCGAGGGUCUCAAAAAUGGUUAUGAAUUGGCGGAAAAUGUCCUAUAUUUAGGACAACAGGGCCUAUUUCAAACGCAAGAAGGCCUCAGGGUAGCCUACAUUUCUGGUUUUGAUGAGCUCCUAGAGUGGAAUCAAGACAAGCGGGAAGAACUACGGAGGCAAAUUCAAUUUGAUAAGCCAGACUUUCAAGGAGUGGAUAUUCUCAUCACCUCACAAUGGCCUAAAGGCGUUCUGAGACGAAGCUUUUCCGAUGAAGACAAACUCCAAGUUUUAGGAGCACCCGAAAUUUCAUCUAUCGUACUCUCACUUCGACCCCGUUAUCAUUUUGCUGCGCUACAUGGCCACUUUAUUGAGAGGCCACCGUACCGAUAUACCUCCAAUCAAUUUUCGGUGACAAGUGUCCGGAAACAAGUGACACGUUUUAUUGCAUUGGCUAAAGUUGGUAAUCCGGAGAAAAAAAAAUGGAUUUAUGCAUUUCAAUUGGUGCCUGCCACUCACAUGAGCCCUUCCACUUUUAACAACGAGCCACCAGAUACCACUGACUUACCGUUCAAACGAAUGGAUGUGAUGGAAAACUUGGAGAUCGAAAAGUCAAUUGGUUGGGAUUCUGUUCGUUUUGGAAAGAAAGCCGUAAAUGAAUCUUCUAAGGAGCGUGGAAGUGAUGGAACUCAUCGCUCCAAAGGGUCACAAAAUAAGUCUCAACGAGCAAUUCCCCGUGGUCCAUGUUGGUUCUGCUUGGCCGGAACGGAAGUUGAGAAGCAUCUCAUUGUCUCCGUUGGAGAAUACUCGUACCUUGCCAUGCCUAAGGGUGCAUUGUGUGCAAACCACGUUUUGAUACUACCAAUCAGCCAUUUUGCAUCCACCCUGGAGGCACCGGAAGAAGUUAAGAAAGAAUUGGUCCAAUUCAAGGAGUCCCUUAUGGCCAGUGCAAAAGCUCAAGGGCAAGAUGUCGUUUUCUUUGAACGAAAUUUUAAAUCACAACAUCUCCAGAUACAAGCAGUUUUUGUGCCGAGUUUAAAACAAAUUGAGUUUGAGGAAAUCCUCACGUCCACGUGCAAACCUUACAAAAUCGAUUUAGUUGCUCUCCCAUUUGAGGUCUCUUUGGAGACGGUGUUUGAGCCUGGAAAUUUGUUUUUUGCAAUUAACCGAAACUGCGAGGAACUCCAUUACGUUUCCAUCAAAACACCGACAUUCCCAUUGCAGUUAGGGCGGGAAAUUGUAGCAAACAUCCUUCAAUGUCCAAACAAGGUGAAUUGGAAAGAAUGCGCGCUCAAUCGAGACGAAGAAUCUCAAUUGGUACAAAGCUUCAGGUCGACAUUUGCAAAGCAAGAUUUCACGCUCAAAUAAACGCCAGAUUAAAA